UCUGAGGAAACAGAGAGCAAGAAGCUGUGGAAGAAAGCAUGGAAUUACAAAAGAGAUACUUGAUAUUACUUAUUUUGGAAUCAAGAGAUUCUCAGGGAUUCCUAGUCCAAAAAGGCAAGCGUUGAAAAGUAGAAAGCAUAGCUUUCAGCAUACGGAUUUGAUGUGGUUUGAUUUGAUGGUCUAGCGUUCGUGCAAUAGAAGAAAUGAGUCUGGCACGUAGGUGUGAGAGAGGUGUGCAACAGGUCUGAGUGAAUUUGGUAUUUCCCAUGAAUAGGGUGAAACAGCUAACAGCUUCUUGAAAAUCUUCUGUUCUGGAGAAAGGAUUCUUUGUGAGUGUUUGAAAAAGGCAGAAAGAAGCCAAGAGAUUCUCUGAGGACUAAAUGAAAUGUAAAACAUACAAAUCAGGGUGUGAGAAAUGCUCGAAGGACUCUCUCUGCCUGUAUUAUAGGGGAAGACUGCUAGAAAGGAAAGAAGCAGAAAAGGAAGGAUAGAACUUUUCACCCAGACUGUGACAUUACCACACAUGUUUGUUGCUGUGCUCCAGUCUCAGCAGGAUGAACUGAAAUUCCACAUGGGACCAGAAAAUGAAACUGCGGUUACUGAGUUCACCCUAAAGGGUUUCUCGGGGCUUGAUCGACGACUACAGCUAUUUCUCUCUCUGGUCCUUCUGCUCAUCUACCUGACAACAGUGAUGGGGAACGCAACCAUCAUUUUCCUCGUGUGUGUGUAUCACCGCCUACAAACCCCCAUAUACUUUUUCAUCAGCAAUCUGUCCUUCCUGGAAAUCUGGUUUACAUCCUCCACAAGCAUCAAAUUGUUUCUGAUCCUGGGUUCUGGUAGGAGAACCAUCUCUCUAAGCAGCUGUUUUGCCCAAUCCUAUUUCUAUUUUGCCCUGGGCUGUACAGAAUUUGUUCUACUUGUUGUUAUGUCCUUUGACUGCUAUGUUGCUAUCUGCCAGCCUUUGCGUUAUGCUGCCAUCAUGAAGCCUCAGCUCCGCAUCCAGCUGGUUGUUGCUGCUUGGGUCAUAGGCAUCACACUCUCAAGUUACCACCUGGUCCUUCUCUACCAGCUGACUUACUGUGGCUCAAACAAGAUCCACCACUUCUUAUGUGACAGUUCUCCCUUAUUCAGACUGUCCUGCUCUGACACCAGCCUGCUUUGGAAAAUAGACUCUGGUUUAGCAUCAUUUGUCAUACUGGCUUCCUUAUGCUUAACUCUGGCAUUUUACACAGGCAAUCUCCUCCGUAUUCUACACCUUCCAGACAAUGGGAGGAAAAAAGCUUUUACUACGUGUUCUUCCCAUCUCACCUCCUUGGCUAUUGCAUAUGGGAGCUGCAUUGCUCUCUAUAUGCAUCAUUCGGAAGAUGCUUCCUUGGAGACAAACAGAAUUGUAGCUUUGCCGAACACUGUCCUGUACCCAUUCUUAAAUCCCUUCAUCUACAGUCUGAGAAACAAGACUGUGAUCGCGGCCCUGAGUGAAGCCAUUGGCCAGGCAACACUGCAGAUUUUCCCCUAAUCAUGAUGCAUUUCUGGACAGCAAUUCCAAUGAUCUGCUAUCAUAUGUUAAGUAAUACCAGUGCAGAUGUAUGCCAACUCCA